AUGCUAGAAAAAGGUUGAAAUGUCUUGGGAACGGACGGAAGAGAGGAAGAGAGCGCCGCGAAGACCUCCAUUAAAAGGGAGGCUCAGGGUAGUGUUCGAAAGGCUGAGUUCGUCGCUCAAAGGCAACAUUGGAGUUCGACUUGCUGGACUACGACAGCGUUUUCGACCACGAGAACGCAGCGCGACAAAUGUUCUUCCAUGGCACCAGUGAGUUUUUCCCUUGUAUUUCCUAGACUUCAUGACUUUUGA